AUGUUUGCUACCGACCACGGACACGACGAGGUGGUUCGCUGGCUGGAGGCGUCGGCCUCGUACUCGCCGCUGCACCACGUGGAGGUGCUCACCGGGCGGCGGACGGUCGAGCUGCUCCGCGGCGACGCUUGCGCGUCCUACAACCUCCGGAGCGGCCGCUCGAUUCGACCCCUGCGCCCGCGCGCGCCGUUCCGGCCGCCGUGUGCGCCGCCCCGCACCGAGACGCCGUACGAGCUGGCGCUCGCGCGGCCCGAGCUCCCGGCCUCGCAGCUCAUCCUCGCCGCCGCAUCUCCGUGGAGCCCCGCCUCGCACAGGCUGUGGGAGCCGUGGUUCCGGGAGCGUGCGACCGUCCUGUGCACGAUUGGCUACAAGCUCGCCUAUCGCCUCAACCGGGAGGAGCACUCGUUUGUGGACGUGUGGGUCAGCCACGUGCUGCCCAAGGCGAUGGCCGAGAGUGUGUGA